AUGGCAGAGGGAGGCUGUACGAAAACGGAGGAGGAGGAAGGGCAGGCCGCAGAGGAAGACCCUCAGUCGUACCACGGCGUGGGUGUGUGCAAGUGGUUCAACGUUCGGAUGGGUUUCGGCUUCCUGUCCAUGAGCACAAGAGAUGGCGUGCCUUUAGAAAGUCCAGUCGACGUGUUUGUCCAUCAGAGUAAACUGCACAUGGAGGGCUUCCGAAGCCUGAAGGAGGGUGAGGCUGUUGAGUUCACGUUCAAGAAGUCCUCCAAGGGUCUCGAGUCCCUGCGGGUGACGGGUCCUGGAGGAGCUCACUGUCUGGGCAGUGAGAGGAGACCCAAAGGCAAAAGCAUCCAGAAACGCCGGGCCAAAGGAGACAGGUGUUAUAAUUGUGGCGGUCUGGACCACCAUGCCAAAGAGUGCAAGUUGCCUCCCCAACCCAAAAGAUGCCAUUUCUGCCAAAGUGUCGCACACAUGGUCGCCAACUGCCCCGCCAAAGCCCAGCAGUCCUCUCAGGGGUUUCAGGAGAAGUCUGGCGGUUUCAAAGAAGAGAAAUCGGAGCACAGCCAUUCCCCGCCACCCGCAGGGAGCGCCGACUGAGACGGCAGAGGACGCCGGGACGACGCUUAAUAAACCAAUCAUAUCACUAUACUGGAAAGACAAAUGCUAAUGCUGCUGUUGGAACUCCCUCAGGUCUAUAAGAGCAACAGAUGAGAAGAAUGUAACGUUUUUAUUGGUUUAACACUCAGGAACAGAGCUGCUCUCAGGAAUUUCAGUACAAUGUUUGGUGCGCAGAAGUAGCUAUCUCAUAUCUCAUUCGGGGGACGUUUACACGACAGCGGUUUGCUAAAAACGCAAAUGUUCUCCUUUGCGUUUUGCUUUUUAAGUUUUUAAUAGACAAAAUGAUCCCCGUUUACACUAAUCCACGUAAAAAACCUGAACAUGCUGUGUUAUGCAUGCCAGGCCAGUAGUUGGCGAUAUCACUUUGUAAAGAAACACUAUGCACCUGCAAACAUACGCAUUUUUACAUACUGGCGCAUGCCUACAGACUGGACCCGUUAUGAAAUUAGCAUUGCAAAGUCAUUUUUGCGGCUUACAGCGAGAAAAUAAUGGUAUUGUUUUAAAAAAAUAGCUUUAUACUUUUGCAUUUUCAUUUCCCGUUUUAACGAAUGGCCAAAACGCAUCGAAAACAGCAUCGUGUAAACGGCCCCUAGUGAUUUUAAAAAGUGUUUUCUCUACUGAGCUUAUCCACAAGUAAUAUACUCAAAACAAAGAUCUUAUUCUUACAGAUUAUUGACUGAUUGAUGCAUUUGAAUGUUUCUUGUAUCUCUUUUAAGAAAACGCUUUGGCGGUGUUUUGGGAUGGGUUUACGUUUUUUGAAGAUUUGGCGAUUGCCAGUUUCGCAAUAGACUGUCCUGAUCACCAGGGACCAAUUGAAUGUUCAACCGCUGACCUGGCUCUCUCAACCAGCGGCUUAUUUUACACAUGUCCGAAUCCGUCGUUAGUGACCUGCGGUUAUCUUCAAACAAUAUUAGACAUGAAAGUAAAUAAUCAAUCACACUUUUAUCUCUAAACUUCAGUCUGCAGUCAAAUCUCGGCUCGGUGUUUGCUAUCUUGUCUUAAAUGCUGCUGAUCUGCGUGUCUGCUAGCAAUAUAUUUUGUUAUUUGUCUUUGACAAUUGGCCUCAGGGGUUUCUCGGAGAAAGAUAGAGAUAUAAGUUAUUCUUUUGAACAAAUGUUGCCCGUUCCUACGUCGAUGGUGAAGACAUCGGCUCCUUUCUCUAGCUGCCUGUAUUGUUUGGAAUGUAUUUAACAGCCUUUUACUCCCAUUUUACAGGAGAGCUGAAAGACUUUAAGACAUAUUUAAUAUAUAUACGUAUAUAUAUAUAUAUAUAUAUACAUACUGUUUAUGUAAACCUUUUAUUAGCAUUUGCGCAUAGUAUUUAUUUAUAGCAUCGUGUUCUGCAUCUUCUCCGCAAUGUAAAAGAGACUCGGGCUCCUACCUCAAGUAUCGUUUCCUAAAAUACCUCAACCGUCAUGUGCCACGAAUCAGCCGAUAUCGCUGAAUUGAUAUGUGUGUGUUUGUGUCGUAUUGCACUGAUUUUGUUACAUCGUGGAGCAUUGUGAUUUCUCUCCGUCUGUGUUGAAGUCUGCAUUGCACUCUGCCUCAUCUUUACAGAUUUAUGCUUUAUUUUCCAGUCGCUGUUUGACCUAUAAAUGCCUUUUAUUUCAGUGUUGAAUCAUGACUGAACUCAGGAAGUAGGCUACGUCGGAUUACUCAAGGAGUGUGAGCAAGACACCAUUUGUGACAUGAAUUUUAUUAUUUUAUUAUUAUAGCUCCUUACAUCAUGAUCGCUCUAAUUAUUGAGAUUUGUGGAUCAAGCAGGAAAGUAUAUCCUAUCUAGAAUGUUGUGGUUGUCUCUUAAAUAAACUGGAAACAUAACGAUAUCUAAUCCAUUCCUUUAUGCAAUAAGUUUUAAGUUCAUGUUUUCGUUGUAUUUAAUAAAGAAGAAAUCAUACCAGUUUUGCACCAUUUAGAUGUACUCAUGCUGUUUUUGACUAUCCUGUUGAACUUGGGAAUCACUUAUUGAACUUUUGAAUGUAAUGUGAAGUUUUCAAUGGUUUUGUCAUUAAU